AUUGAAAACGUGGUCAAAGACUUCCUCGGCAUUCAAGAUAUUCAAGUGAUUCCUUCGCAACCUUUGCCUCAAAUCACCAAAAGUUUGUCCAAAACUAAUUCAAAGAGUAGUUUAAAAAGCGAUGAGAACUUUGAUAUGAAGAUUAAGAUAAAAGAGGAACCGAUUGAACUGAAACCAUGUCUGCCAUCGAGCGAUGACUCCUCUCAACCAAUGGAUAUCGAAUCCAAUUCUAACUCUUCUGUCGAUUAUAAGGACAAAGAAGUGAAGUUAGAGAAUGAGAUGAAUGAAGACAAUCAUGACGUCGAUUGUUGGCCAACACCUCCGAAGCCAGAAAUGCUUACUCCAGAGCGACAGACCAUUGAAUGUCAGAAAACUAGUGAUGAAUUACAAUGCGAUGACAAAAGCGAAAGCAAUGACUUUAGAGAUUGUAUUAAACAAAACGAAUCAUUUCUAAUAAACAAGAGUUUUAUGAGAGAACUGAAGAGCGAUAUCAUUGGCGACACAAUUGCUGCUGAUAUGAGAGCAAAGGAUAACUUACAGACAGACAUAGAGGUUAAGACUGAAGAGUCGGACUUUUCAGAUGUGAGUUCUGUUCACACCAGCGAUUUGUCUGAUUUCGAUGACGAGAUCUCUUUAGACGAUUCCAACGACGAAAGUAAAGACAAUAAGAAGAAUAAGAUUAGUUUAAAAGUUGUCAAAAAGAUUACUGAAGUUCUGUCUAACGAACAAAUUGGUGAUCAAAACGUCAAGAGUAACCAAAACGCGUCAAAACAGGUCUCUUCUGACGAACAGAACAUUAAAACCGAUAUUAAAAGUGAAUCAAAAAGAAUUCGCAAAAUUAAUCCAAAAUAUUCUUCGAAAGAGUUUUCGUCCAUUUUCACUGAGAAAGACGUCUCACUUCCCACCACUUCCAGAGAAGAGGCCGACGAAUCCCAUAAUAGGCCUCUCAAGACUCAAACUGAAAGCAUUCACAGAAUGAGUUCCAGAAGGAGAAGACACUCUAAUUGUUCGGAAAGUGAUGGCAAAGAAUCCAAUGAAUUGAGUGCUAAUCGAAGCUCUAAAGUAGCAAAGAGACUCGAAGAGCUUCCCGUAGAAUCGAGAUGUUCUUCAAGAGGUUCUAUUGAGAGCUCAUUGUCUGAAACAACUCAAGACUCGACACAAUCAUUAAAUAGACCCAAAAGACAACCCAAUAAACAAAGAAAUGAAAGUCAGGGCCAGAGAUACGACGCCUCAGACCUGUAUAAACCGCGACGUCUUAUGCCAUCGCGAAGACGAGGUCAGACAACUCCCGAUUCCAGUACACAAUCCAAUGAAGACUUUUUUAUUCAUGAUUUAUCAAAACAAUGAGAUUUCAUUUGUAUAUAUCUUACAUAAAAAGUAAAUGCUUUCAAAACGAGUAAAAGUUAAUAAUAUUUGUGUAAAUAAGUUGAGAAUAUUAAGUCUCUUCGGGCACUAAAG